UUGGCGAUUCAAAUCGCACACCAUUUCCAUUUCCAAUCCCAAUCCGACCGUUGCAAAUCAUCCCUCCACUCCACAAGAACUCAAAUCCACCUCACAGGCGGGCUCGCACUGCAUCCGCCUUCCCCCACUUCGUCUCCCGGAUCUCGCCAAUCCCAAAUCCACCGCAAGCAAGCGGCGAAGCAGCAGCAGCACGAUGGUGUCGAGGACGCCCACCAAGGCACCGGCGCCGAGGCCCAGCCCCGCGAAGCCAUCGCCGUCGCCAGCGACCAGGCGCCGCCAGACCUUCCGUGCCGGUCGCCGCCCGUCCGCCACCAAGCGUCGGGCGUCCCCGCUCAAGUCCCUCGCGGCGGCCCCCGCCGCCGUCGCCUCCUCCUUCGACCGCUCCGUGCGCUUCUGCCGCCGCCGCCUCUUCAAGCUCUUCGCCCGCCUCGCCGUCAUCGGCUCCCCGACCAAGCGGCGGGCCGCGGCCGCGGGGUUCCAGCGCCUCCGCUCCACCCCCACCUCGCUCCCAACCCCCUCGGCGCUGCUCUCCUCCCCCCGCUCCCAACGCCCGAGCAGGGUCCACCCCGCCGCGCUCCCGCCGCCGACGGACCCGUCGAAAAAGACCCUCUUCCUCGACCUCGACGAGACGCUCAUCCACUCGCAGACGGACCCGGUCCCGGCGCGGCACGACUUCGCCGUGCGCCCCGUCAUCUGCGGCCAGGCCAUCACCUUCUACGUCCGCAAGCGCCCGGGCGUCGACGCCUUCCUCCGCGCGGCGGCGGACGCCUUCGAGGUCGUCGUCUUCACCGCCGGGCUGGAGCAGUACGCCUCGCUCGUGCUCGACCGCCUCGACCCCGCCGGCGACCUCAUCGCGCACCGCCUCUACCGCGGGGCCUGCCGCGACGGCGGGGACGGCAGGCUCGUCAAGGACCUCUCGGCCACCGGGCGCGCUCUCGGAUGCGCCAUCAUCGUCGACGACAACCCCAACGCCUACGCCCUGCAGCCCGAGAACGCCCUCCCGGUCGCGCCCUUCAUCGACGACGCCGAUGACAAGGAACUGCAGAAGGUCAUUGGGUUUCUGGACGUUGCAGCAGGGUUCGACGACACCCGGGACGCCAUCAGACACUACAAGGAUCUCGUCAAGGCAAACUGAGUUGAGCCGCCGGUGUUGUUGGACAGAUUCAGGCUGAAAUUUUCUCCCUUUCCCUUCUUGGGGCACACUGUUGGUUAGGAGAUGGAUGGUGGUGCGCAGAUCUUUCAGGAUCUUCCUGAAUGCAGUUCGAGAAUGGAAUAUCAAGAAUUACUCAAACUGGAUGCUUCUUCAUGUAUGUCUGUUUUUUUUCUGGUAACAUCCACUGUCAAGUGUUCUUCGAUCCACUCUCAAGUGCUCUUUCAUCUGUUCAUAUCUUGCAUAACUAUUUUGCAAACUCAUCUCGUUUUUGUUUCAGACCGCAGACUUGGUUCAGUUUGGGGGUAAUUUUCAUAGUUCCUAUUUGGGGGAAUUCUCAGAGUCCCGUAUUUAUGCAUAAAAACUCCUCUUCCUUCCAUAGAUUUGUAAUUUGGUUAAGAGACGGUGGUGCAUAUUGAUCGUUCAGGAUAUUCCUGAAUUCAGAUUGCGGAGCUAUAUUUUUAUGUACACCUAACUGAAAAUGGGAUUGCUGAAUGUUGAAUAAGUCUGCAAGGAAUUUCUCUCGGAGUGUAAAUCUGUUAUUGGAUAAGUUACUCAGGUUUGUGUGAUCU